AUGUUCUUCAGGACAAGAAAGUCUGAUAGCCCAAGCAGAUUUAGAGAAGGUCCUGUGACCAGAUUAUGCGGAAGUAUAGGUGAAAAAAAUGAAAAACCCAAAACAGAACAGGAUGAAGCAGACGUGGAUAGUUCGCGAGAAAGUGAAAAGCCAGAUAACAAUGAUAAUUCUGAAAACGAAGACGGAUAUGAAGACAUGUAUACACGCAUUAAAAGAACAAGACGUACGGCUCAACGGCAAUUACCAAGAGUUGUGGAUACUGAUUUGAGCGAGUCAUCGGAUUCUCCUGGGCCUAGAAAGUACAGCUUACGUCAAAAAAAGCCUACUGUAGAUAGGUUUCAAGCUAAUGUAGAGCCAGUUAGACGAUCUAUUAGAGCUCUUAGAAGUGUUCUCAGUAAUUCAAUGAGAAGAAGAAAGCACAGGAGUAAGAGUACGAGUUCUAGCGAUUCCAGUGAUUCUGAACCACAACGUUACGACAAGAAGAAAGGCAAAAAAGCGAGACAAUCGGCAAUACCUCAAGGUGGUCCACCAGAUCGAAAAGCUGACAUAAAUCCUAUCACCUUAGACACUAAUAUUAGAUUUAGCGACGUCGGGGGUUUGGAAUCCCACAUUCACUGCCUUAAAGAGAUGGUCGUAUUUCCUAUGAUCUAUCCAGAUGUUUUUGAGAGAUAUCACAUUACCCCACCGAAAGGUGUCUUGUUCCAUGGUCCACCAGGGACUGGCAAGACACUGAUAGCUAGAGCACUAGCCAAUGAAUGUAGCCAAGGUAGCAAGAAGAUGACAUUUUUCAUGAGAAAGGGAGCUGAUUGUCUGUCAAAGUGGGUCGGGGAAUCGGAACGGCAACUGAGAUUGUUGUUUGAGCAAGCUCAACAAAUGAAACCGUCCAUAAUAUUUUUUGACGAAAUAGAUGGUCUGGCGCCUGUCAGAAGUACUAAGCAAGAUCAGAUCCAUGCCAGCAUUGUGUCCACACUUUUAGCACUCAUGGAUGGCCUCAGCGAUAGAGGAGAGGUUAUAGUUAUUGGCGCAACAAAUAGAAUCGACGCAAUUGAUCCGGCUUUACGAAGACCCGGCCGUUUUGAUCGCGAACUCUUUUUCCCACUACCGGCCAUGAAAGAGAGAUCAGAGAUUCUGAAGAUUCACGUCAGCAAGUGGAAAAGUCCGCCGUCCGAUCAAUUAUUGGAGAUACUGGCAGAGAAGGCAACUGGUUAUUGUGGCUCGGACUUGAGAGCCUUGUGUACCGAAGCAGUGCUGCAAGGAUUAAGAAGAACUUAUCCACAGAUUUAUAUGACAAAUGACAGAUUAUUACUGGAUCCGGAAAGAGUCGAAGUAAAAAAACGUGAUUUUAUGCAAGCAAGCUCCACACUUGUUCCGUCAUCGCACAGAAUAACUCCAUGCGCAGGGAGAAAACUACAGCUUUUUAUGGAACCACUAUUAGGGCCUCCAUUGGAAGAAUUAAACAACUUAAUUAAAGGAAUAUUUCCUCAAGGUGUAAAUCCCGCUAUGGCAAAAGUGAGAAAUGCUAAAGGUAUCCAUCGCCCAAGACUAUUGAUCUCUGGUGGCAAUCUAUCUGAGGGUCAGGGACCCAAUUUAGCUCAAGCGUUAUUAUAUUGUAUGGAACAUCUGCCAGUUCAAGUGUUAGACGUCAGUACAUUGUUCGCAGAAAGUGCUCGAUCACCGGAAGAAACUUGCGUACAGGUAUUUAACGAAGCUGCUAGAAAUGUACCGUCCAUAAUUUACAUUCGGUCGAUCGACCAAUGGUGGCCUCUCGUACCGGAGACAGUAAAAGCCGUUUUCCUCUGCCGCAUCGCAGCACUGGAUCCUUCAUUGCCAAUUUUAAUUAUUGCAACAAGCGAUGCGACCUAUCAAGAUCUCCCGAAUCAAUUAAAAAGCUUGUUCAGUGAAUUACGCGGGGAAGUGUAUUCCAUGAAAACUCCCACUACUGAGCAAAGAAUGAAAUUUUUCCGACAUAUUUUUAUGAUUCAGAGUUCAAGACAGUCACAGAUCAAAAACAAAAAAGUAGAGGUUCUAGAAACACUGCCACUAGCACCAGACCCGCUGCCAAAGAAACUAACAGAAGAGGAAAAGCAAAUGAUGUAUGAGAAGGACGAAGUGUCUCUCAGAGAAUUACGUAUUUUCCUGAGAGAAAUCUGCGCUAAACUCGCAAGAAAUCGACAAUUUUUCAUGUUUACGAAGCCAGUGGACACGGAGGAAGUACCAGAUUACAACUUGAUAAUAAAGAAACCGAUGGAUCUGGAAACAAUGAUGACCAAAAUUGACAUGAACUGCUAUCUCUGCGCCCGUGAAUUUCUCGACGACAUUGAUCUCAUAUGCAGAAACGCUCUGGAAUACAACCCGGACAGCUUACGUGAUAGGCCUUCCCUCGGAAUAUUAAAGAGGGAUCCUGCGGAUAAAUUGAUAAGGCAUCGGGCGUGUUCUUUGCGUGAUAAUGCUUACGCCUUAAUAAAAGCUGAGCUAGAUUCCGAUUUCGAAGAUAAAUGUCGUGAAAUUUCGAAGAAUCGUCGAAUUCUAGAGAGCAAUUGUAACAAUCAGGAAGAAAAUAAGAAUACAAAGUCAGAAUCCACUCUCACAAGCGAUCGAGUGGAAAAGAAGGAGUCUGUAAAUUCUAGUCAUUCUCUCGUUGUGAACGGGAAGAAAUUCGGUUCUUCGAGGAAACGUAAAAUACCCGCCUGGGCGCGAGGUUACGUGAAGAAAGUUCAUAAGAAGAAAAAGAUUGCUUUCGACGAGAGCGUUACGGAGAUAGUAGCGCGUAAAUCAUUAAGCAAUGAAACUACCACUAGCAUUGAUCUAGAAAAAUUCCAAGAAUUCGAAACCGAGGCAAAUAGCGUUUUAAACGGGCACGUGUUCGAUAAUACCGAUUCGGAGAACGAUUCGCAGAACGAAAAUUCAAAGGGAAGUCACAACAGCACGGAUCAACGAAUAGAUAAUCUCGAGCAAAUGGAGAUAUGCUUCAUGGACGAAGAAAGACCUGUUAGAAACGGGGAUUCAAGACUUGCUCAAGGAAGUGGAAAAGUUUACGGAGUACAAGUUACAGCGUCACUAGAAUACAACAUGCAGGUCACUGGCAAAUAUACGAAAGAGUCUGACACAAAUAUGUCCAACCUGAAGGAUUUCUCCUGCAUCGGAGGGCUGGAGAAGCACAUUAGAAUCGUGAAGGAGAUGGUUCUGUUUCCGCUGAUGUACGGCGACGUGUAUGCUAAGUUUAAUCUUAGACCGCCGCGUGGUUUGUUGUUCUACGGUCCUCCAGGAACAGGCAAGACUCUCGUGGCCAGUGCUCUAGCGACAGAAUGCAGCAAUUCUGAGCGCAAGGUCUCCUUCAUCUCGCGCAAGGGUUCCGAUUGUCUCAGCAAAUGGGUCGGAGAGAGCGAAAAGAAGCUCGAGAAAAUUUUCUUGUUGGCACAACAGACGAAGCCGUGCAUUAUCUUCUUCGACGAAGUGGACGGUUUAGCUCCCGUGAGGUCCAGUCGGCAGGAUUUCGUUCAUGCUAGCGUGGUCUCCACUCUCCUGGCUUUGAUGGACGGUUUGGACAAUAAUUCCGAGAUCAUAGUGAUAGGCGCGACCAACAGGAUCGAUGCGAUAGAUCCCGCUCUGAGGAGACCCGGCAGAUUCGACAAGGAAUUGUAUUUCCCCCUGCCUUGUUACAGCGCCAGAAAAGAGAUACUUUCGGUGCACAUCAAAAGUUGGAAACAGAAACCUGCGCAAAAAUUUUUGGCGUAUUUGGCAUCGAAAACAUUAGGAUUUUGCGGCAGCGAUCUACAGGCUCUUUGCGCCGAAGCAGUUAUGUGCUCCAUUCGCAGGAACUAUCCACAAAUCUAUACUUGCAAAUCGAAGUAUCACAUCAACGAACGCCAAUUGAAAGUGGAAAAGGAAGAUUUCCUGAAAGCGCGUCAAAAUAUCGUUCCAGCGUCGCAUCGCAUCAUCAUCGCUCCAAUCAAGAAUUUGUCCGUCAAGGUUCAACCGUUGUUGCAAGAGGAUUUGGCGAACAUCCUGACGCGAUUACAAAUGCUUUGUCCAACUGGCAUGUUGACAUCCGACAACAUUACAGGCAAAGCGACGUCCAAGUCGAGCGUUUGUCCGCGAAUUUUGCUGUGCGGCGAUGACGAUUCUCAUACUCGUCAUUUGGGACCGGCGUUGCUGCACACUUUGGAACAUCUGCCGUGUCACAUCUUGGACGUCACGACGCUGUUCGAGGAAACAGACAAGGCGGCCGAGGAAGCCAUGAUACAGAAGAUCAAGACCGCACGUCGCACUUUACCGGCACUGCUGUACGUUCCUGGUAUUUUAACUUGGUGGGAUCUGUUGAACGAGACGGCGAGAGUAGUUUUCACCUCAUUAAUGCGUGGUCUCGACCGAUCGGUCCACAUGCUCGUCUUAAUGACUGCCCAUUGUCGACAUUCUAAUCUGCCACUGGAGAUUGCAGAACUGUACGACGAUAAUCACGGCGAAGUGUACGAAGUGAGAUUACCGUCGGCGGAAAAACGGCGUUCCUUCUUCAAGCAAUUGUUCAUCAACGGAGGUUCCAGCAAUCUUUCUGACUGCUCUUCACAAGCCGAUCUGGUGCAAAUCCUGAGUCCGAAGAAGCUCAAGGGCGAAAAUAACAGAAAGCUAAGGAGCUAUGUGCAUUCUACUAACUCUAACGGGUUACUAGGAACAAACAUCAAAAGAGAAUACAGCGCAUCCGGCGAGGGUCCGCCUUCCAAACGACAGAAACUAACAUCCGGCGUAUCGUCCAGCACCGAGAAAUUUUUCAGUUCUCAAAUCGAGGACUUGAUCGAAAUGAUAGUUCGAUCGACGAACGAAUGGCCGAGUCAUUUACUGGAGAGCUUGUUCUCCUCUCUCGAACUCACAAUGGAGCACAACGGAGAUUUGUGUGCAACGGUAAACGAGUAUGUUGUACGUUACGAGGAACUGAAACGAGUCAAAAUGCGUGCACAACAGGAGGAAGAUUAAUUAUUAAUUUGGUGGAACGUGCUCUCACUUCUUGUCAAUCGUCGUUGUGAUGUCUAAAUAUGCAAAAUGCUGUAACGGAACGCAAUAAUUAAUAACAAAUU